AUGUUUGGCAGGCGCAUCUUUGGCAGUUCCACUAUCCCGCGUGCCAUGUACGCCACGUUGCACAUCAACUCAUCAAUGCAGGCCCGUCGCAUGCUACCAAGUCUCGUGCCGCUAACUUCCAGCAUUACAGGCACCUCAUGGGCGGUGAUGCCGCUGGUACAGUGUACGUCGCCUUCCAUGCCGGUGCUCGAGACGGCUGAAAUGGACCCUGCGUUUCUGCACGAUUUCUUGGAGACCAUCUCUCCCGUGCGAGCAGGAUUUUUAAACUUGCUUGAAUUAUGGGGCAUCGGACGUAUGGCGAUGUCUGCAGGGGUAUGGGCACAGGCCGCGUGA